GUGUCCGGAGUCCAAAGCUGUGGCCUCCGAGCAAAAACAGUUUAACCAACAUGGGAAACGCGCGAAGCUUUAUUAUUGCGCCGCUAUCGGUUGGUUGUUUGUAUUUAGGUUAUAUAUACAUUUACCGCUCACAUAAGCUGCUAGAUAAGAAUGUGCUAAAUAGCGACAAACUUCCAAGUUUAGUGUAUCUUUACAUGAAAUACCUGAGCAGAGCUGUAACGCGCAGGAAAGGGCAGCUGUAUGCGGCACGCGCCUCGGGAGCGCGCGCUGUCGUUUACACGGUCCUUAAUUGCAGGCUGGACGGAUCCUUGCUGAGGAGAUUCUGCUGCGCAGCAGGAUAUGGUUGGGAUUAUCCGGACACCGAAUACAGAGACAUCCCGCUGUGUUUCCCGGAGGUUCUGUGCUCCAGACUCAUGCUCAUGGUGUUAACUGAUCGCAACUUUAGGCUCAACCCAGCAGGUUUGACUCGUGUGCAUCAGAGUUUGAAAACCUUUCUACCAAUCGAUGAGGUGAAGAAAGGUCCUUUUAUGCUGCAGGUCAGAAUCCAAGGAUAUCGGCAGACUGACUCAGGAGUCGAGGUGGACGUCUGUUUGUCUGUUACAUCCCGUUCUGGAUGCCCUGUGUGGGAGAGCAUCCUAACUUUGCUGUCCAAAAACAGGCUCCACAGGCACUUACUGAGGAAAAAAGAAGAGCAACCAAAUGAUGAAGAAAACAUAAAGCGGGUGGAGGUAAGAGUUCCCAGGACUACCGGCCUGCAGUGCUUGUGGUCCUUCACCGACUACUCCCCACAUCGCCUCCUCUCUCUGCCAGCCAUGAUCUGUGGUCUAAAGACUCAAACAGCACCAAGGUUCUGGAUGAUGUCGGUCUGCUUGGCCGAAAUAGAAAAGCACAAAGGUGUUGAAAUCCUCACAGCUCCUACCAAUGUCACCGUUCAGUUUAAUGAGACUGAGCCAGAGUCAAGAAAAAUAACAGUCAGGUUCUGGGACACCAGCAAAGAUUUGGAUCAGUCUGUUGACAAACACCUACGUUUCCAGGUGCAUCUGCAAGGACAGAGCACCCCUCACAUGAUGGGACUGAUUUCCAAGGUUUAAUUAACACGAAUGAUUGAUAUUUUUGCAUUUUUUACUUUUUGGACUUGGUUAGUUCUGUUUUGGUCUGAACAACACUUUAAAGACUCCAGUUUUCCAUUAGGCCAUCCACCUCUCUCACAUGCUUGUGUCGCAUUCUUUACCAAGUUGCUUCAGCUGUUUGAGGUUUGCAGACAUUUAUUUCUGCCCAGGUGCCUCAUGUUUAAAGACAGAAAAAAAGCCAUGUACCCCAAUAUUUCACUCUCAGGCCUGCAUGUGUAAAAAUGAAUGUGUGGUAAUAUAUGAAGGCCUCUGACCUGUUUUAAGAAAUUUCUAACUAAUUGAAGAACGUUAUAAAGAAUCCUGAGCAUCCUCUUCCAUCCGACUGCCGAACAACAACACAGUAUCUUCAACCAAAGGCUUCUCCAUAAGUCAAACCACUGCAGAGGAUUCUUUAAUCAACAUCUGCAACCUGUUGAAGAACCCCUUAAAAUUAUGAGUAACAACAUCAUUUUGUUUUCCUUUGGGACCGAUCAUGUAUUUUUGAAUACCUCUCGUAGUGUGGACAGUUCUCACUGUGAUUGCAGCACAGCAUUGCUGAGCUCCCAGGUGAACUGAUGAUUUUCAACAUUCAAGGCAUGUGGUGCUUCUGACCCUGGUGGACCACUGACAGCAUAAAAAAUUGUACCAGAGGAAUGACUGCUGUAUAAUUCUACUAGUGAUGGGUCCAUGUUGAGCCCAUAGAACGAAACACUAUCAGUGUCGUUUCAAGAAAGUGAUGUGACCAAUACAGGGGUUGUUUCUAAAUGAUUGACUUACUAAAAUGUGUUUGAAAACGUAUGUGUCAACAUAUGAUGUCUCAUAUUUUGCUGUUUAUCAUUAAAAUGAUCAAGAAUUUUGGAGCAGCCUAAAAGGAAUAGGUACAUUUCAGCCGUUGCCGUUGUUCAUUUUCAUUUUCUUGUGUCAUCCUGUUCCUCUCAGUUAUCACUCAACUUAUCUGAAUUAAAGUUCAUUUCAAAUUGACUCUUAGUUUAUAUACCGUUUUUACUAUAGUUAAUGUUUCAAAAAUAUGAUUUAAAAUCCUAGUCCACAAGCAUCAUUCAUGUUCCCCUUAAUUUUCACAUUAUGAUAGGCUAUAUGUUUACAUUGUUUGUAUUACAUUGGCUGUAUCUAAAAAUACCAAAGAUAUUUUCAAUUUAAACUUAGAUAUGAAAUAAUACAAUAUAAUCUACAAUAACUUUAAUUAUAUCUAGUGUUGUGCCAAAGCCAUU